AAACUAGGCAGCGUCACUUUUUAUUUGCGCUAACCGCAUCCGCUAUCGAGUAAUUAAUUGUUUUCGUUUGUGCACAAUAGCAAAUGUUUGAAAAUUAUAAAUAAAUUUCAGUCACCGUCUUUGCAAAAUGACGGACUAUCAGGAUAUAACAGCUUUGGAAAAAUCGGUGGCGAAUGCGGGCACACAGCUUUAUACGAUGGCGCAUAAGCUGCAUGCUGUGGAGCGUAGCCUCGACCAGACAACAAUGGAGCAAAUGGAUGAAAUGGAGGUACUUGAGCUGCUCGAGUCCAUGACAGAGGUGAAGAAUGAGUAUCAGAAUUUGCGCAAGGACAUACAAGAAGUGCAGCAAUUGCAGCGUGACGUCAGCACAUCAAUACGCUUUCAAAUGCGCAGCAUGCAACAAACAUUUCAGAUGCUCAAGAAGCGCAUUGCGACGUCACAACAACAGCAGCAGCAGAAGCAGCAGUUACAACAGCAACAACCUACUCCAACGACCCUGACAGCCAGCGACCAUUGAGCCCAAUGGCCUGAAACCGCGAGCGCUGUAAUGCCCACCCACUGGCGCAAAGUUAAUUGUGUUUAUGAAUUUUGCAUGCUUUUUAUUGAUCUGCGUGGGCCAUGUAAAAUGGUAAUACACCCUCAAUACGCUAGUAUUCGCCACUACGCAUAUUUCCACACAAGCCGACAUACACCGAUACAUACAUACAAGCCUAUAUACAUGUAGAUAUGAAUACUUGUAUGCACAUACAACAGCUUAGCGCUGCUUGAAUUCGUUCCUAAUUUCCUGUAAGAGUCAAAGCCAAUCACACAAAAAAUUACAAACAAAAAAAUGAAAGAAAAAAAAAACAAAAUCUGUAGCAACAUACAAAUAUAUGUAUGCACAUAUACAUAUACAUACGUGUGUACUAAAACGUGUCAAAUAGCAGCCACCUCGUGAGCUUGCACUCGUAAUAUCCUGGAACAUUUUUUACGAAGUUUAACAAUCAAAUUAUAUAGCAUAAAUACAAAUCUUUUGGGGCUUUUUCAGCUCAGAGUGAAUGAAGGAGAAUCCAAACUAUAUGCUCGUGCACUUGUAAAAGCGUACUUGCCGUAAAGUACUUCUACUACUUUAGAAAGCAAAACCGAAUGUCUGAUACCAUUUGAAGAGAAUGCACUUUCCAAAUUUGCCUUAAUAUAUACGAACUAAUAACCGUAUUAUACUAAUUUUUGAUACACAUAUGUACAAGUUUUGAUA